UCACUUAAAUAUAUUGCCAUUAACCACUUAUUAAAGUAACCCAAUGUGCCAUAAUUCAUUUAAGAAAUCAUGAAAAUUAAGAGCAAGCAAACCAAGAUUAAGAAAAGAGUGAAGAUGUCAAACUCCGAGCCUUUCCUCGAUGAUAAUGAAGUUUUAUCUGAUACAAUGAUAAGGAGGAAUGGAAGACAUGAAAUUCUUAGUCAGACAUUACAAAGCACAACAAGCUUAGCCAAUCUACUACCAACCGGAACCAUCUUAACCUUCCACCUUCUUUCUCCUGUUUUCACCAAUCGAGGUGAUUGCGACAAUGUAAAUGUUGUGAUGGCUUCCACCUUUCUCAUGCUCUGUGCAUUAUUGGUGUUCAUUCUCUGCUUCACCGACAGCUUUAGAGACAAACGUGGAAAUAUCUCUUAUGGUUUUGCAACCUUUAAUGGUCUGUGGCUGAUAGAUUCUGAGGUACCUCUAUCACCACGGCUGGCUUCCAGGUUCCGUCUUAGAGUCCUGGAUUUUGUGCACGGUUUCACAUCAGUAUUGGUUUUCUCAGCAAUUGCGCUAUCUGAAAACAAUACAGUAAAAUGUUUUUUCCCAUCACCAUCCAGAGAUCUGCAGCAGAUACUCACUGCGCUUCCUGUUGGAAUUGGAUUCGCCUCGAGUUUCUUGUUUGUUUUGUUUCCUACACAGCGCCAUGGAAUCGGUUACUCCUUCCAUGCCAAAUGAUCUCGCUUGCUCAACAUUAAUCUGGUUUCUGUUUCUUGAAUGCUCUUUCUGCUGCUAUGCUCAGAGCUUCC